AUGGAACCUUCGACACAUGAGCGAGGACGUUUUUAUAUCGGCCCUAAUGGGUUCCCAAGAUUUGCUGGAUCAGCCUCGGGGGUUUAUCUAGCUGAUACUGUACGAUCAGAUCUGACCUCCAAAGAUCACCCAACGCCUGAUCCAGGUAUCGAAGAUGCCUUCAUACAUCGCAAUAACGAUGAACCACGUUCAGACGAAACGGCAUUAUACGAUAUAUAUCUUCUCCGAUCAAAAGAUAUGUUAGAAGAGGAUUUGCUUCGUACACGACUCAAUCGAUAUUUCGCUAUAUGGCAUCCCCUUUUCCCGUUCUUGGACGGAGCAUACCUACUACAAUGCUUCAAUAAUUCUUUGAAAUUAGCUGAGAUACAUAAGAUGGUGCAAUCAAAUGACCCUGAUAAGCGUGACGACGGACUCACAUUUGAUCAGAUAUCGGCUUUUGAGGGCCUUACUCCGGAACAAUCAUUAGCUUUGACAACCAUCUUUCUGGUCAUUUUUACGAUAGGUGGAUUAGGCAUUGAUGAGACAGGAAGCAACGUAGACAGCGCAUCGAAAAUACCUACAAUACAUUCAACUUCUCAAGCUACAAUGCUAGGUCACUUAGUGGUGGGGGCAUGUCAAAAUUACAGAAUCCCCGAUCUGUUCGGUAUACAGGCCCUUCUGGCCAUUGAACUACUACUCUAUGUGAGAAGGACGUAUCGGCCUGCUAUGCAUCUGUCCGGUGUCAUUACCAAGCUGGCAUACGAAGCCGGUCUACAUCGUUGUCCCGAGAGAUACGCUACUACUUUCAAGGAAGCUACUGAUAGAGACCUGAGAAAAAGGGUAUUUAAUUCCCUUUACGUUCUCGAUAGACUUCUCUCGGCGGACUUCGGUAUUCCUCUCAUGUUGAACGAUUCAGACAUAGAUACCUGUAUUCCAGGGGGUCCAGAAAAACAUGCGUUAUCGGAAGUUUACCUACCAAAUCCCAAGCCUCCUGCACCUCCCCUCUCCGAGUCAGCGACUUAUCCUCCAAAUCCCUCAAUCAUCCCGCCGGAUGAUCAUCACUAUAGAGGUACAAAGCGAAACCCCCAGGCGAAAAUGCAGAUGAAGUUAUCUCACCAGACAACACUUCUCGCAUUUCCACCCAAUUGA